AUGGAGAAUGAUAGUGAAGAUGAUAUUGACUCUAGAGAUUCUCAGCAAAGUUCAGACGCAGAAGCCCCCGAUCGUUCUCCAUACUCUGACGAAAAUUUAGACUUGGAGGACGUUGCCCCCUUUAAUUUUCCAAAUUCAAACUCCGCACAAACACCUGCUACCCACACGAAUCGCACACUUCAGCAAUUCGCUGAUGAUUGCAAAACCUAUGAUAUUGUGCCUUACGUAGCGGCCAUACAAGCAUGUCAAAUUUACGCACUUGACGCGACAAAAAAUAUGCGUUGGAUAUUUACGGGCGGUGAUGAUGGUUUUGUGAGGAAAUACGAUUUUUUCGCUUCAAUGGGAGGUAAAACGUUAUUAACGCAAAAUCAAAAGCAUGCCCAAGUGGAAUCCGUUCAAAAGGCAGGUGUAAUUGUUUCAUACUGGGAGAACGAAGAGCAACCCUUGCCAUCUGCGAUCCCUAAACCUGAAAAAACAAAUGGGCCUUCAGAAGAAGGUGCAACUCCAAUAAUUAUACCCGAACCUCCGGUUCAGGAACUCAAAAUGUCGCCAGUAUACAGUUUGGCGGUUCAAUCUGAAGCUGUUUGGCUUUUAACUGGAAUGGAGAGCGGCGCUAUUAAUUUAUUCACUGUCAGACAUGAAGAAGGGAAAUGCCAUCACGUUUUACGACAACAUAAGGCUCCGGUUUCAGUAUUAAAAAUAACACAAGAUGAAGCUGGAUGCGUGAGUGGUUCUUGGGAUAAAACGGUACUGCAUUGGGAUCUUAAUACUGGUCAAGUUGUACGCGAGUUUUCAGGCCAUGGUUCACAAAUUAGUUCCAUAUCAUUUCGCCCAGUUACCACCACAUCUUCUUGUACAUCAGGACAAAGUUCUCCCGGAUCAUUUGAUCCACUUUUCGAUGCACCUGAAGAUAUGUUGACGCAGUCGAACGAUGUAUUACUAACCACUAGUAUUGAUGGGAAUUGUUUUGUAUGGGAUAAAAGAGCAAAGAAUUCGAUACCGAGAAAAAUGACACCUCCCGAGAGAACCCCUCCAUGGUGUUUAUCGGCAUGCUGGAGCGCUAAUGGAUCUAAAAUUUAUUGUGGUCGACGUAAUGGUACCGUUGACGAAUGGGAUUUCUUAUCGGGAAAAUGUAUUCAAACGCUUAAGAUGCCAAGUGGGUCUGGUCCAGUGUCUUAUGUAGCAAGUAUGCCAAACGGAAGACAUAUAAUUUGUGCAUCAACAGAUAAUAUAAGAUUAUGGAAUGUUGCUCCAGAUGAAUCCGAAUCUUACAAAUUGGCUGUACCAUUUUUAAUUGUUCCCGGACAUCACGGUGGAACAAUUUCGCAAAUAUUGAUUGAUCGCAAUUGUCGUUAUAUGAUAACAACUUCUGGUAAUAGAGGUUGGGAAGGAUCAAGUACUGAAACCGCUCUGUUUUAUGAGAUAUUGCCAAUAACCGAAUAA